AUGGAUUCCAGCCCUAAUCAAAGUGGAAAUCAAAGCGGGAAUAAUUCCCGAAACGCUGGUCGGAAAGAAUCAAUUAAAAAUAAAUUACAACAUUUUCUAGGUAUCAGGCAAACUACCAAUGUUGCAAGGGAAAAUAGCCAAUCUGCAAAGAGUCCACCCUUAGAAACGAUAGUUUGCUCUGUCAGUGUAUUAAAGGAUAUCGGUCCUGAAUCAUCCAUUACUCAACGUAUCAAAGCCUUACGUGAUUUACAAAAAGUAAUUCAAAAGCACAAGAUAGAAAAGUUUGGAAUUGAAGCAAUAUGGGAAGCUAUGAAGGACAUUAUUUUAACUAAGAAUUUCUCUAUUGAAAAUCGCCAGGAAGCAUUACUGUUUGUCAACUAUUUAAUCUUAAGUCAGAGAGAUCAAUUGGAAAUCCUUCGACUGUAUUUCUUUAGAUUUAUCAAAGAAAAAUUAACGGAUAGUAUGGAUAUGCCAUAUCGGCUUGAGAUGUUAAAAGCUUUAACAAAUUGUGGAAAAGAUGUUAGCUACUUUCAAGAAGAGAUAGGCCCUUUCUUGUGUAUACUAACUAAGGAUAUUAUAUCACUUGGAAAAGCGCAUAAUUUCUUACAAUUUGUCGCUAAUAUUUUCCGGUUCAAUUCCUGCUGUCUCGAUGAUAAUGAAGUAGAAAAUAUAUUAAGCCAAAUAUGUUAUCUUUGUCGAUUAACUGAAAAUCCCGUCAAUUUGAAGGAGGGACUGAAUGUCUUGGAUGCAGUUAUUCGUUAUAGCAGUGUCCCUAGUAAUGCCUUAGAAGACUUAGUCGCCGUCUUAUGUCGUGUGGUAAAUUUAAAAGAUUUUGCAAAUUCAAGUUGGCAAAUUAUGAGAAACUUAAUUGGUUCUCAUCUGGGUCAUAGCAGCAUUUAUACUAUGUGCUGUGUAUUACAAAACAGUGACAACUAUCAAGACAUAAACUUACUACGAGGUGCAGUAUCAUUCAUUGGUAUUUGUUUAUGGGGUCAGCGCAGUGUUGAAGCCAUGAAAUAUUCUUCUACAUCUGUUCUUCCGUCGUUUUUACAAGUUCUUAAUUGUAAUCAGCCUAUUGUUGCGUAUGAAAUUGCGAUAUCAAUUCAACGUUUGAUCAAGAAAUAUAGCAGCAACUUACAAGUUGUUACGUGGGAUAUUUUAUUAGAUAUCAUUGAAUCUUUAGUUCGUUAUUGUCAAGAUUCGCAAUUGUCUGAUGAACGAUUAACGGCGGUGACUCAUGACAUUUUAACACAUAUUGAGCAGAUCUAUGAGUCCAAUAGUUACAAUGGCCCAACUAAAAAGUUAUUUGCGAUAUUGGAAGCCAACUCUGAUACUCGACCUACAAGUAGUGUUUUAGUUCAAAUUUCUUACCAUUCUCAAUAUCUUCACCCUACUACCGAUAACUGGUUAGGUAAAUUAGCUGCUAUGAUGGACAAAUAUUUUAAAUUUGAUGUUCGGACUGAAGUUCGUUGUAAAAUGCUUAGUGUGCUAUUUGAUAUUUACCGUAUGCAUCAAUCUAUUUACGAAGAAGAAAUUAUUGGAGACAUUGUUGGCCCGUGCUUGUUGCAAUGCGUUAUUGACGAAAGAGAUCAUGGGGUUCGUGUAGUAGUGAUCAACUUUUUGAUUGAUAUCAUAGUUAAUUCGAAUGCUCGCAUAAGAUCAGAUGUUAUCAAUACUAUGGAAUGUAUAGUCUGCACGUACCUCCGUAUCGAUACAAGCGCUGUGGUGGAGGAUGGGGAGAUGUUGCUACAGGAUGUCAAUCUUGCUAUCGUUGGUCUAAUUGAUGCUUUUAAAGAAUUAUUUCUCAGACAACCUCCGGAAUUUGCACAAAAGAUAUAUAACAUCCUAUUAGAUCACUUACUGCUGCAUUAUCAACGGAAAUUUAAUGGACUAACUGCUUGUCAGUUGCGUUGUACUGUGUUUAAAUGGCUAUUGCAGUUGCGUAUAAACCAUCGUGGAAGUGUGGGUGUCAUGAAAACGGUCGAAGGUAGAGAUAUUGUUCAAUUUAGUCCCUAUUUACUAUUUCAAGUAGAUGAAAACAUAGAUAGGGAAGAAGUCAUAGACGCGACCCAAGCAGAUCAUCGGUAUGAAUUGUGGAAAGUGGCAAAAAUAUCAUAUGCAAAGGCUACAAAUGCGAUAUUACAUUGUUUAGAAACGGAGCGCGAUUGGGCUGUUUUAAUUAUCGUUUUAAAAAAUAUGGAACAAUUAUUGCAAUAUAAGGAAUUAAUUCUCAGUGGAAAGAACUUAAACUCAAUUUGUAGAUCACUACACUUAAUGAUUAACGAUAAUGAAAUGUUUUUCCGCCGAAUUCAAGGCGUCCCUUAUGGAGUAUCGAUGGAAGAUUUUCGAGCAUGUGUAUCAUGUGUUCUUGAGGUAAUUAUAUGUUACCACGAACGCCUAGAUGUGAGUACGCAAAGCGCACUUGUGAAGUGCUUUGAGAAUGGAUUAGGUCAAAAGAGAGCUGAUUUAUGCGUUAGGUCAUUAACUUUAUGUCUUUUAGAAAUGCCAGAUGUAACAUUGAAACAGGUGCCAGCUUUACUUCGUAUAUUUGCAAGCUUAGAGCAUUCAACAUCAGUUGCUCAAGCUAUUCUAGAAUUUUUCUCCGCUUUAACUACAUGUCGAUACUCCUAUAGUAAUUUAUCGGAAGAUGAUUACAUGAACAUUAUCGCUACUCUGGUCCCCCUUGCUAAUCCAUAUAGCUACGCUCACUUUAUUGCUAUUUUAUCGUAUCAUGUUAUUCUUAAUUGGUUUGCAAAGUGUAAUAUUCAUGUUCGCCAAGCUCUAGCGGGUAACCUUAUGAACGCUUUACAAAUUGAGUGUCACCAACAGUCCACAGAUUCCAGUAGUUCCUCGGUUCGGCGUUCAACAUCUCUUAGGCAGAUGGAUGAUGCCUUAAUAGCCGGUCACAUCUCUCGUGAUAAUAGACCUAGAAGUGUUACGGUUAAUGUAAGUAAUGUUAGUAACACAAUGGUUCCUUUAACUGUCGCCACGGAAAGCUACAAAAACCCUGCAACAAAAGGAAAUUUAUCCGUCAGUAAAGCUAGACAGUUGCAUCAAGAAAUGACUGAAAUCUCUUUAGACUUUAUUUGCCGUGUUACUUUUGCUUCAUAUUCUCCCACUUGUAGCAAAAGAUCGCAAUCUAUGGAGAUGUUAUUACGUGAUGGGUUAUCACAGACUUACAUUAUAAAUGGAUCAGUUGUUACGAUUACAACAUCACGAGCUAGUCCUCAGACUACUGAUAUCUCUACUGCAUCUAAAGAUGAUAAGCAAAGCUUUAUUUCAGAACAAAAUCGUCAACAAGGGACAUCGGAUAUCUCGCCAAGUUCAACUAUAGAUGCAUUCGGAUAUGAAGGUCAAGAUACUGGUUACCGUAAGAACUUAUCUUGUAGUUGUGCAGAAAUUGUAAUACGUCGAGCCACCGGCAAUGUGUCCUGGGUGAUACAAACUAAUAACAAACUAAGUGAGCAGCCCUUUCAUCGGGAACUUAAUGAAAUCCUCUGUGAAAAUGAUAUAUUCACGAUGAAGCGAGGAUCAGGAUUAAAGAAUCGUACAACUGAGCUUCCUGAAUUAACAGAACUUACCAAGGUGAACGAUUUCCGUCAAGGCAGCCAGUCCGAGCGAAGAUUUAACAAAAUUAGAGAAGUAGAGGAGCAUCAAAUUCCAGAUAAGACUACUGAUAUAGAAAAGAAAUUUCAGCAGAUGACUGACCCAAAUGUAUCUAACAAUGCAGCAUCUCGCUUGGGAAGACAAUCCGUAUCGAGUAGUAAUUCAUUCGAUGAUUAUUCCAGUAUCGAUUUAUCUGUUAAAUCAUCGUCAUACGAUCAACUUAGCGGCCGAUUGCAACAGUUGCAACCAGAUUCAGAUAAUCAAAUAUUCUUAGGCGAAUCUUCAAGCGAUCAUAUCUCUGUCAACAUGAUGAAGGAGGAUGUAAAAGGAGAUACUGCCGGUCGAGCAAAAUCAUUGGACAAUGAGCGACCAAACAAAUUACCAGUAGAUGACGCCUGUUUGAAUAAAAGUAGUAUUAUUUUAAAUGAAGACGCUUCAGAGGAAAAUGCUGCUAUCGUUGAAGAAAAUCCCACUUAUACUAAAACCAAAUCAGAGGAUCGGGUUGCAGCUAAAGGAAAUGAUUUAACUUUUACUAUUGAUUUUAAUGUAAUAGCUCAAAUAAGGCAAUCGUUGCGAACUAAGGAGGACUUGCAUAAUGAACUUACACCAAGUUAUGUAUUGUUUCAUAUCCUUCAACUACCUAUCGUUGGAAUGGACUAUUCUAAUAUAACAGUCGUUCCGAAUGUCGAGGUUUUAAAUCGAGCAAUUAAUCAAAUCGAUCGAAUACCACCAUUUAGUACCCAUAAAAUUGGUUUAGUUUAUGUAGAUAAAGGGCAGGAAAAUAAUGAGCAGGCUAUAUUAAAGAAUACUUUUGGAUCCAAAAAUUAUCAAAAUUUUUUGAACGAAUUGUCCGAUUUAAUCGAUUUGCAAAACCCUUCAACUUUACAUAUUUAUACGGGUGGUCUUGAUCGCAGUGGAGCUGAUGGUAAUUUUGCUUGUGCAUGGCAAGACGCCACUACUCAAGUUAUUUUUCAUGUGGCAACACUUAUGCCUAAUAAAGAAACAGAUUCCUCUUGCCGUAGCAAGAAAAUGCACAUCGGAAAUGAUUUUGUUACCAUCGUAUAUGAUGAUUCUGAUGCAGGAUAUCAGUUUGAAACGGUUACGGGUCAAUUUAAUUUUGUUGAAAUAGUUAUCAGAAGUAUUAGUCAUGGAUUAAACACCAUUAUGGUUCAUGUUAAAAACGAAUGCAAAGCAGCAGUGGAGGAAUUUAAUUUACGGCAACAAUUAGUUAUAUCUGAUGCUUCCUUGGCUAAUAUAGUCAGACAAAUGGCUAUUCAGUACAAUAUGUUGGCCACUCUGGUCUACAAUAAUCCCCAAGCAGCUGUUAUGUCGUACACCUUGAAUUGGGUUGAACGCUUGCGAAGAAUCAAAAAAUUAAAUGAUCAAACGGCCGAAAUAGAACGUUCGAAAGUAUCACCUCCUAUGGGCGAUAUUCCACAGCAAGAUAUCGAUGCCAAUGUUACGAAAUCCGUCACCUGUAGCAAAGUUUUACUGGAGACCUUGUCCAAAAAUUCGGUGAUUCGUAAAUGA